GCGGCACCGCGGGCAAGCUCUGUGCUCCCUAGAGCGAGCCCAGGGUAGCUCCCACUUCUACACCCGGCCACUUCCCGUCCCGCCGGCUUCCUCUCUUGCCGCCCCUCCUCGCGCCCCGGAAUCCCUGCCCUUGGCACAAAGGAAACCUCUCCGGCUGCCACGACGCCUUUGCGCCCAUCAGCGUCGAAGCCAAAUUCCAUCAAAGGCGAAGUGCUUCCACCCCAGACGGGGCCUCCACGUUGACUGGCCGCGCCUCUCGGACCAUGAGCACCUACACCUACACCUUCACCAGCCGGCCCCGGGUCCUGCCGUGCCAGCGCCGCCGUUACCGGGACAGCCUGGUGCAGCCAGCCGAGGAGCCCACGCCAUACGCGAACAUCAUGUAUGACCGGAGGGUGAUCCGGGGCAACACCUACGCUGUCUACCAGGAGCCGCCCCGUGGGCAGCUCAGUGACACAGACGUUCAGAGGCACCGUCGGACGCAGAAGAGGGCUCUUUCCAAAAAACGAACCCAAGAACAGCUGAGGCCGUGGACGCCGGAACCCGUGGAAGGCAGAAAGCACGUGGACGUGCAGACAGAAUUAUACCUUGAAGAAAUUGCCGACCGCGUAAUAGAAGUUGAUAUGGAAUGCCAAACAGAUGCGUUUUUGGACAGACCACCAACACCACUUUUUAUUCCUGCCAAAACUGGCCGAGACGUGGCCACCGAAAUACUAGAAGGAGAGCUCUUUGACUUUGACCUUGAAGUCAGGCCGAUGUUAGAAGUUCUGGUGGGGAAGACCAUCGAGCAGGCUCUCCUGGAAGUGAUGGAGGAGGAGGAGCUGGCCAACCUGCGGGCCGGCCAGAACGCGUACGAGGAGCUGCGCAACGUUGAACUUGCUGAAGUUCAGAGACUCGAGGAGCAAGAGAAACGGCACCGACAGGAGAAAGAGCGCCGGAAGCAGCAGCAGUGGGAGGUGGUGCACAAGCACAAGCAGACGGCGGAGAAGAUCGCCGCCCGCGCCUUCGCCGUGCGCUACCUGUCCGACCUCCUGCCCUCGGUCUUUGGCAGCCUCCGGGACGGCGGCUACUUCUUCGAUCCCAUCGAGAGAGAUAUUGAGCUAGGAUUCCUUCCAUGGCUAAUGAAAGAAGUCGAGAAGACUGUGGAACACGGCAUUGUGGGAAGGACAGUGCUUGACAUGCUCAUCCGCGAGGUCGUGGAGAGGAGACUGACCAUGUACGAGCGUAAGGACGGCAAGCUCCCGCCUGUGAAACCCAAGGGCCGGCCCAGCGGCCCUGCAGCGCGGAGGAACCCGCCGAUGGGCCACGAGUUCCAGGACCAGCGGCCGCUUCCAAACCCUGACCCCCUGCGGAGAACAGACACGGUGUCGUCCCGGGAGAGGAUGCUCAGGGAGGAAGAGGACGAACUCACGGAGCUGAGGAGCUCCUCCCGGAGCGGGGCCUGGGAGGCCUGAGGCCGCCCGGCGCCCGCUGGCACCAGCGCCGCAAGCACCAGCGAUCAGUGUUUUUCAGUGAGUGUGUUACGGAACGCCGGAUGUUAGUACCGUCGGCCACUGGACUUCCCUUCCCUCCAGGAGAAGCCCCUCAAGGGAGGAGUGCCCCGUUGCUGGGUGGCCAAAAGCUGCGGCCCCCCCUCUCGUAAGGACCAAGGACUACACCCGCAUCUGUAUAAAAUGAACAGGCGGUGACCCCUUCCAGCGCUAAUAUUCAGAUAAGGCACAUGUGGGGCUCUGUGACUCAGUAAUACUCUCCCGUCUAUUUUUUUUUUCCACAUUUCCGCCACUAAGAAAUUUGAGUGAUGCCAAUAAAGUUACGAUCCCCGCUCACCCUUGCGCCCGUCCACUCCCUUCCUCAGAGAUAGCCGCUGCCAUUCACUAGGUGUGCGCCUUUGGGCCUGUUUGAGGAUGUUUGUAUAUUUAGACACCUAGAAAUAUGUGGGUUGACUUCUCUUGACAUACAUGUAUUUCUAUAAUAGAAAUUAUAAUAGAAAUCUAUAAAUAGAAAUGUAUUAUUUGCAUCGUCACCUCAUGGUCUACCUUGGACCUUUCCACUUUGAUGCAUAUAAAUCCCUUUUUCAAUGUGGUGAGACAUUACACACUGUGACUGUAUUACAGUCCAGGGAAUCUGCAUUUGACUGUUGAAUCCGGACUGGUUGACAGAUUUCCCUGCACUGCUGAAAAUCGGAUAUUUUACCUCCAAAGUCACGUUGCUCCUGAGCAGUCACCGAAGGCUGCCAAGGCCCAGGCGCACAACAGCCCGUUCCCCUCGGAGUGAGCUGUAGUGACCUGCAACAACCCGCAGUUACUGACACAUUUACCCUCAUUUCUUUCUAAGUCAGGCGCCAAAAACACACCCGCACGUCAACAAUGGAGGAAGAACAUCUUUCUCCAGUUGAAGAAAGGACUCGUGCCGUGCGGCUGCGUAGCGUAGCAGGGUUCUCAGACCAUCCCCGCACAUCGCUCCGUCAUCCACACCUCACGGCGCCCCUUCUGAAGUGCGGGCGACAGUGUCUUCAUUGUCACUCUCGCUCGCCAGUUCGGCCAGCCAGCGAGCACUGACCGAGGGCCUGCCGAGUGUCAGCUCCACGCGGGAGGCGGCGGAGCCCCAGGCGGCGGAGCCCCAGGCGGCGGGGUGCGGGUGAGAAACGCCACAGCUCGGGGGUUCGGAGUGACGUGCCAUCGCUGCCCAGCCUGCUAAGUAACGGGAUGGAGGCUGGACCCCGGAUCUGCUUGCUGCUAACCCAGUGUGCUUUCCUCUAAACAGCCGUGAGCCCUCGUGAGGUGGGCUCAGAGAGUAACUCCAAAGAAACGACCGCAUUGCAGCGCGUUAAAUGUUGGAAUCGCCGCUGGUACCCACAGCUGGGUUAGUUCCACCUCGCUGAACACUCUUCAUGGUCUUCCUAAAAUGUGUAGGAUUCAUUUUGGCAAGAAGACCAAAAAAAUUUUUUAAUUAGGGUUGCUGCUGAUCAUUAUUAUUAUAGAUCUUAAAAUACCUACAAUUUUAAGAAUGCUUUCAAAGUGGACUUGAGACUGUCUUGUGCAGUGGUUAUCCUUCUGCACAAUAGUCUGGUCCCUUAAGCGCUUUGCAGAGGCUUCACUGGCCCUUCAGACCUGCGCUCUGUACCUCCCCACCUUCUGAAGACACAGCAAUCUGCGGGGGCCUCCCCCAACCCCACGCCGCGCUGAGCGGCCGAGCCUGACUCUGCCCUGCUGCGUUCUGGAGGGGACAGAGGGCGCCGUCCCUGGGAUGCAGCUCGGAGACACGGGCUGGUGUUGGCUGGUGCGACAGUAGUGAACGGAAAGUUUGCAUGUUACCCGCGGUGACGAAGAAGUUCCCCAGGCACAUGAAGUAGUUCGUGGGGAAACAAAAGGCUCGGAUCCCGGGAGUGCAGGCUUCCGGUGACUGCGAGCAGCUCUGCGGACGGGUGGCUGGACGCACCGCCGCGUGCGGACCGCCACUGGCUGUGCCCACAGUCGCCACUGCUCUUCUCGUGAGCUCUGCUCCUUUCUGUCGUUCCAACAAACACCAGGCUAACAGACGCCAGAGAUUCAUGAAAUAGAUGACACAUAAUAAGUUUAUAGAGCUGUCGUCUCUGACAUAAAUCCUGAUCACUGAAACCGACCAGAGAGUAGAAGCAACAAGGCGCCGUGGCACCUGCGCCGCUGGGACUUCUGCCGGCGCGGCCUGGGAAGUCCCGCGUGUCUGAGUGUGCACAUGAGAACACCCGUGUGUCCUCUGGCUCAACAGUCGGAGCCGCUCACCUCCAUCUAGGUAGGACAGAGGCGCUCUGGAGAGACCCGCGCACGGGUCUAACGGCCCCCCAGACCAGGGCGCACCCGUUGUUCUUGGCCACAGCGCCAGCCUUCCCAAGCUUCCUCCCUCACAGUCAGACACGCAGACAGGAGUGUCCCCAGCAGGGCGUUGCUGUCGUUGGGAAGUAUUGUUGACGGUAUUGGAUCGGUGUCCACAAUCCUCACUUUGAAUCAGGGCAUAUUUACCUUUGAUUUUUAGUGAGACCAACUUACAAAUUAAAUUUAGUAAACUGGUGGUUUAGAUAAUAUUUUUCUGUUUUUAAUAAACCAUGGAAAUAAUAUAACUUAAAUACAUGCAUUAAAAGAUGCAGUAAUAUUGUAAGUUUGCUUAUAAAUAAAAUCAGUCAAGAUAUUUAAAAGUUUGAAAUUUCAGGAUAAAGAUAUCUUAAAGAUAACAUCUAAACAAUCUUAAGUUCAUUAAAAAAUGCAGUUUAAAACCUGAAUAAGUUUUUAUCACUACAUGAAUUUAUAAUUUUUAUAGAAUUGAAUAUUUUUAUUUUUAU